AUGAAGGGAGAGUGUUGUGAGCAUACUCGACCCAAGGCGAGAGAAGAAGGAGCAGGGGUGGACCUUGUUACCACUGGCACUCUGGGAGAGAAUGGCUCUGACCCUGGACUCAGAAGCGUCGACCUCCAUGAUGAACUGUUUGGUCGGAUUGGCUUAUUGUUGAUGCAGAAAUGGACUGCUGGUGGCAUGUGCACGAGUCAAACUCGCCUCGAUGGUAAAAUCGAGAUGGUCUGGUGGGAUCUGAGAUGGGCUGACAUGGCUGUGCAAGAGAUUCGGUGAGCCACAAGAAAUGGGAAUGUGAUUAUCUGACACAUGAACUUAGCUUCCCUUUUUUCCAUUCAUGAGUUUCCCAAAGAAUUCUUAGCCACGGAACAACUGGAUAUUCUCAUCAACAAUGCAGGUGUCAUGAUGUACCCCAAGUGGAUAACAGUGGAUGGCUUUGAGACACAGCUAGCCAUCAAUCCCUUGGAUCUUUUCUUGCUUAUCAAUCUUCUGUUGGGAAUUCUUCAGAGCUCCGCCCCACAUUGUACUGUGAAUGUGUCCAGUAUUGCACAUGUUGGGGGAAAGAUUCAUUUUGAUGAUCUGUUUUUUGAAAAGAGACCAUACAAUUCUCUGGAUAGCUAGAGACAGAGCAAACUGGCCAACAUGCUUUUCUUCAGAGAACUUGCUCAAUGGACAAAAGGUAAAAUUGGUACUGGGGUGACUUCCUACAGCUUGCACUCUGCAGUGAUCCAUAUGGAACUGAGCUGUCAUGUGAAGUCUCAGUACCCUCUGCUAAGUUCUGUAUUUUCAUCCAUUUCCUUCCUGUUGAUGAAGAAACCCUGACAGGGAGCACAGAUGUCCAUCUACUGUGCUGUGACAGAGGGCCUGGAGGACAAGUCUGGAUGCUAUUUCAGUUAA